UUAACAGAAACUGAAAAAUUGUUUUGGAAAAAUUAAUGAUGAUUUAUCAUUUAUGAUUUAUCUUUACAGUUGGUUUCCUGGCUUUUGUAAUGAUCCAGUUCGCCAUUUUGCUUUGACUCCCUGUGAAUCUUGAAAUUUAACAGCUGCACAGAAUGCGGCGUCGCGUAUCUUGCUGAUCCGAGGAGUGAGGUUUUAUAAAUCCUUUUCUAGAAAAUUGUAUACGAUGGCGACGAUAGUCAGCUCCAAAUUUGCUCACCUCUCUCGCCAUUUCACGUGUGCUCCCCGGAGGUUUUCAUCCCGAUUUAAAGUGCUGCCUGGGCCGACGCCUGGUUCAAUCCAGGUCCCACGGCCCCUUUCACCCAUCGCUAAUGAACCCAUGGAACAUUUCCAGAUGUCCAGCGAGCCGCGAGAUGAAACCUUAAAUUAUCCGGAUUAUUUUAACGUGAGGAAAUUAUUUACGAUCGGCGACUUGUUUAACGCGCGGGUCCAUUUGGGACACGCGGUGGGCAAUCUGGACGACCGAAUGCGCCAGUUUGUCUUUGGGAAGCGGUUUAAUCAGGUGGUAUUCGAUUUGGAUAUCACGGCACAGUAUCUGCAGGAUGCGCUGAAUUUCAUUGCACAUGUUGCGUAUCGGGGCGGCAUUAUUCUGUUUGUCAGUCGGAGCCGGGAAACCACAUUGAUGGUCGAGCGGACCGCGAUGGAAGCUGGUGAAUAUUCUCAUACGAGGUAAACAGUUCAGAUUUUCACUGUGAUCAGAUUUUUUCUAUGAUUCUGUACUGAGAUUUUGUCAUAACUUAUAAUUUAUAUUGAUUUGAAAAUAGUAAGACGAGAAACAUUGCUAACGUUACACUGAAUGAUCGUAUGGUUGUGUGCUGCACCAUUCCAU